AUGCCCACUCCACCAUCCUCAUCCUCAUCUUCAUCGCGAAGUAAAUUACCUUCUUCAUCCCCUUCGUCCGCAAGGUUACGUCGUAUCGCACCUUCACCCGUCAAGAUUCCCGCGAUCAACCAAACUUCGCCUAUAACAACUAAGAUUCAAACUGCCUCUCUUUUGAGCGACAUAACAGCCUCACUUCCUCAGGAAUAUGAAUUCGCGCCUUUAGAACUGAUCAUCCUCUCUUCGCCUGAUACCCAGAUUCGAACCUUAUUCGAAGUAUUGGAAUCAUCUAGGACCGGCAGAAGGAGGAAAUCGAUCGAGGGUGAUGAUAAAUUACCGUUGAUCUUUGAUUCUAGGGGUGAAUUUGGGAAAUUGGCUCAUGAAGCUAGGAUUAGGAAGUAUGGAAUAGAUGUACCUUGUUCACCUGUAUUAAGCUGUUUCGAGGGUGAAGGGAAAGACGAAUCGGUGAAAUCAGAAGAAUCAAGUCCAAAUAAGAAACGUAGAACUAGCAACACUACCAAUUUCAACUGUGAAGAGAAUGGUGCAAAUGAUACAAAAGAAUUACAUUCUUUAACACCCACGAAUGACAAUCUGUCGUUGAAAUUGAAAUAUGAUAUACCUUCACCAAUCAUGAUAGAUUUCAAAGAAGAUAUAUUCAGUGAAAAGGGACGAAAUCAAAUUUGGUUGGACGAAAUACCUAAAGAAUCUACAACUAGACAAAUAAUGAUGAGAAGACCUGGUAGAGUGGAUAGGGAAGAUAGUUCGAGAAGUAUCAAUACGUUUGGUCAUAAUUCCAGCAAUGCCGGGCCAGCAAUAGAAUCAAAUGGUGAUUGGAAAAGCGAUGGAUUGGAAGAAGAAUUGGAUAAUUGGAGUUUUACACUUUCAGCUUAUGAAGAUGAAGAAUCCAUCGUAGGAGGAAUAUCGACAGAUAGAAAAGAUAGUUUCUUUGCUUCUUUUGGUUCUUCAAACAGUACGAUUGAUUUGACUUUGAUCAAUACACCUUCGACAUUGAAUAUCUCCUUUGAUAACGAGCCGACAAUGACAAUGACGACUAGCAAUGAUAAAUUUCUAUCGUCAUCAAGCUAUAUGCCGCCACCAACGACAACAACAGCAACAACAUUCAACUUCAGCUCUAUGGUGCAAUCCGAUGAAGCAGACCAGAACUCUUUGGAAUUUAAUAACUCGCCAUUCUCAGACACGAUCGUCAUUCCUCUAUGCACAGCAAGAGACAAUGUAUCUCAAUUGCUGUUGAGCGUUGAUCAUGAUCAAGUUGAUGAUACACCCACACCAAAGAACAAAACCGCCACCCACAGCAGCAAGGGCAGAGCAAGAGUCAUUUCGAGCGAUAAGGAAUUACCUGCUCUGCCAAUACUUCAUCGAAAUCAGCAUACUUUUCAGCAGUUGGAAGUGGAUGGGGCCUCAUGUAAAACAGAUGGACCGCGACGAAGCCAGGAUAUUGAAGGUGAUCCUGUUGAAUUGGCUCUAAAGGAAGUUGAUAAAAGUAUGACAAUUCAACUUUGGGUUGAUCAAGAAGGGUGUCGUGAAAAUCGAUCUUCGUUGCAAUUCAUUCGAUCGAUCAAACCUAAUGUUUUCCGUGAACGUGAGGGGAAAGCCUUGAAGGAAGCUGCCUUGUGGUGUGAAUCGCCAACUAGACCGGAAUGUUUUCAACAAUCUGGAUGUUGGGAAUUCGGGAUGGAUCCUAAAGAGAGGGACAAGUGGUCAUUCCAUCAUGCUGCACUGGAGGGUCUCCCAGUCCUACGUAGGUUGACAAUCAAUAAUGACGAGAAACACGAUUUUUUGUCUCGUUCAGCAACAUUACAAAUAAAGGAGCCCGGUGUUUACUCGGUAUGCGGACAGGAAGAAAGAGGUAAAGCAGAAUGGAAAUUUGAAUAUCUGGUUCAGAAUAAGAUUUCACCCAAUUCACGUGAACAGAUCGCAAAUGAGCGAAUAAUCAUUCCAUUGGGAUUAUACGUUUCGCCAAAUUUCUUCAACCCGGACCGAGCGUUGAAGACCAGCCUGUUGAAUUUGUUCAAGAAGACUUUGGCAAGUAAUAUAAUGAGUGAGAAGAUUAGACCGCCACAUAUUGGUAAACCACCAGCACCACCAUCGGCAGCUACAGCUAUUUCAGAGAAAGAGGGUAUUACCAUGACUACGGUAAAGUCUGAAUUGGCCCUGAUACAGCAUAGGAAACGAUCGCAGACACAAUCUCAUAUCCCAACCAUCGGAGCAGUAUCGUCGAACAACGUUACACCCUCACACCCACACCCGCAUGCUCAUGGUCAUUCGAGAUCUGUCAGUCGUACCAUUGGCGCUAUCGCAAAAGCAGUAGCAGGUAUGACCAAUACUACUCCCACUCCAACUCACCAGAUUAACCAUGAUAUUGCAUUUGGCAAAUCGCCUACUCCCAACAGCAGUAGUGGGAAACCUGGCUCAAGUGGUGUGGGUAUGGGUAUACAUAAAUUCGGUACUAAGCCUGCAACAUUUGGUAGAUCUACUCUCGGAUCCAGAUCCAAGACACCCACUGGGGCCAAUGCGGUUUUCGAUAAUGCUCCUGAUCAAGAAAAUGGUCUAACUCCGAGUGCAGAGGAGAAGAAGAAGAAUCGAAAGAGGUCGACAAGUCUGUUCUCAAGAUCUAGACCUUUUACUCCACCUGUGAAUAUAACUGAAUUACAUCCUAUCCCAAUCUUAUCUAAUACUGCGAUAAAACCUUCCACUCCAACUAGUAUGGGGCCGUCAGGAUUGUUAAUUCCUUUAGACAAUAAUAAUCAAACUUCAAUUUCAUUACCACUCCAACAGAAUAAAGGGAUAUCUUCAUCAAGACCAAAUAGGUUAUCUCAACUUCAGCCACAACAGGGACACCCAUUCCUACAACCUAUUUCACCUUCGCGGAUCACAACUACAAGUACAAAUACAAUGACGAAUGGCCAGAGUUUGUUAACGAGAUCAUCAAGUAUAACUUCACGUUCAAAACCAAUUAACCACAAUUACACCCAUAGUAACAGUCAGUUAUCUCACGAUACUUUAUGUUCUUUACCUGGCAGCUCUAACACAAGAAGAGGGAUUAGGAAAAGACCUUCUACCGCUGAACCUAGAUUAGGAAUGAGGUAA